AUGCUUGGCGCAGCGCAAGACAUUUUAAAGAAGAGUUCCGGAGGAUUGGAAAGUGAAACCAAUACCACAAAAGACCACUGCGUGGAGGAGAUCACGUUUCGAGAUUGCGCCCCAGCUUCUGCUGGUGUUGUUUUGCUAUGCAACAUAAUACCAUGUCUCAUAGUAAAGCUGUUCUGCCCAUUCUUCAUGCAUCACAUACCAUAUGCGUAA